UCUGUCCAGAGUAAUGAAGACUCCAGAGGGAGAUGUUGCUGCUGACUUAUCUGAAUGCCACUUUUUCAACACUGUGAGCACCAAAAAACAAACAAAAAUUUCAUUCGCCUCUACUGUAUAGAAGGCAGAAAUCUCAGAACAUAAAGACAAAUACAACUAAAACUCUGCAUGCUAGAUACGACUGGAGGUAAGUGAGAAAUAAAAUAUACACAACCAAAGUGUGACUCUGAACAAAACGCAGCCUCAAAAUUGCACUGUGGGUACAUGACAAUGUUUAAGAGAUAAACCUUUACAUGCAUGACAAUACUUUUUGCAUAUAGCAUGCAGCAGAACAGUGACUUGUGGUGUUGAAUUUGCAUAGAUUUACCUAAUAUUAGAGUUUCUUUUUUGGCGUGAACCUCGGCACAUAGAAGCCUCAGAGCAGCAUCAUGAUGGAAAGGUUCUUGCUGGGUGUCCUGUAUCUCUCAGGGCUCACAGGCUGGUCCAUCUUCUCCACAUGUCGUCUCCUUCAGUACCACUUUGUUGAUAAACCCAUGAAUUGGACUGAAGCUCAGAUGUACUGCAGAAAGACAUACACAGACCUGGUCACCAUUGAAAACACUGAAGAUAUGAACCAACUCAUCAACACAGUUUCAUCUGCUGGUAAUAAGAGUCUGGUCUGGAUUGGCCUGUACAGAGAUCCUGACAUUAACUGGUCUGAUGGUAGUGACUACUCGUUCACCAGAUGGAAUGGCUCAGCUUCAGAAUCACUGAUGAAAAUGAUGUGUGGUGUGCAGGAAUCAAACCAAUGGACAUUUAUGUCCUGUAAAAAGAGAUUUCCAUUUGUCUGCUACAGCAUCCCUCCUGGUGAGUAG